AUGCCGGCGGAGCUGCUCGAAACCCCUCCGGGCGGUAUUAUCCGAGGGGCGGCAGCGGGCCCCUCCGCGUUCCCUCGCCGCCUCCCUUCGGGACUUGUGGAGCCGUCAGCCUCCUCGCGGACCCCGGUGGCGGCUGUGGUGGCCGCAGCUGUCCUCGAUGAGGAGGAGGAGGAGGAGGAGGAGGUGGGGCGGCCGCGCCCACAGGUGCUGGCUCGCCCUCCGCAACAGACGACGACGACGUGUAUCCUCCCUCCCUCCCUCAGCCUUUCGGGUCAAGUCAGGGCGCGCGCGACGGAGCCCCCUGGCCGCCGCCUUCUCCCGGGCUCCUUGCCCUUCUUCGCUCCGUCUUCAAUCCGCAGUGGGAUAAUUCCCGUCCUCCUACAGCUAUCCGCUCCUUCUGCCCGUUGGUGGGGCCGCUUGUAGCUGGCAGCUCCGUCGACCGAGCGCUUGCCCGGCGGCGCCUCUUCCUCCUCUGCCACUGUUUUGCUUUUUAUAUAUAUAUAGUGAGGAGGGGGCUCCGAGGGCGAAGCCUGCGUCCCGUUCCCGCCCUCUUCUUCCCUCUCUCUCUCUCUGUGUGUUUCUUGUCUUUUCCCGCUCGCUUUGGCGACGGCUGGAGCGCGGGUGGGAGAGACGCCAAGCGUCGCGCGCGCGCGCUCCAAAUUCGGACGGCACGCGGCUGCUUGUCGUCGGCUGCGUCCCCUCCUUCUCCUCCUCUCCCGGCUGCGGCUUUUUCCGCGGGGGUGGGGGCAAUGUGCGCGCCUCAAAAGAAUCACACCGCACGGGCGCGUGUGCGCGCGGACGGGGAAGCGGCCCCCUCCUCCCUCGAGGCCGGACUGCGCGCAAAGUUGAACGCGCCUUUGCAAAAGCGCGCGUCGCGACGCCUUCGGUGCCGGGGCGAACGUUUUAAAGAACCUGUUUGUUGUUGUUUUAAAAAAAAAGUCUGCUCCAACGCUGCCACUUUCUGCCCGCUGCAGAAAAAGGGGCUGCUGGUAGUGAAAGAGAGCGGGGAUCCGCCCAGCAUAGCAGUUUUUCCUCCUAGCACUGGAAAAGAGGGGUUGGUUAAAAGGGGGGGUGUCCCCAAAUGAAGUCCCUCUAACCAGCGGCCCACCUCGCCUGUCGCUUACAUAGCCUCCCAACAUUUCUCUGCUGAAAAUAGAGACGUCCUGUUCCAUGAUAAUGUGAUUUAUACCUCGCCCAUUGAGUGGGUUGCCCCACUAUAGGAGGCUUCCUAUACUGUAUAAAAACAUAAUAUAACAUUAAAGAUUUAAAAACAACAACAACAACAACAACAACAACAACAAAGCCCCUUCCCUAUACAAGGCAGACUUCAGAUGUCUUCUGAAGGUUGUACAGUUACUUAUCUCCUUUGCUUGGGGUUGAAUAAUGCCAUUCCCUCCUAUGAAAGCAGGGACGUUCUACCAUACCACCCAACAUUUCUCCAGUGAAAAUAGGGGCAUCCCAAGGAAAAGCAGGGCACUCUGGGAUUUAAUUGGAAACCGGCUUCUGUAAAUUCAGGACUGUCCCUAAAAAAUAGGUACACUUUGGAACGUGCAAGCAAGAGAAGGCUCCUUCCUUCCUACCUUUCUCUGGCUUGUCCUCUCUGGGCAGAACCCUCAGGCUGGAUUGGUCCUGUGCCCAGGAAGCCAUGAUGGUUGCAGGAUUUGUCCAUCUGGGAGUAAGUAAGGGAGGGAACAAAUGUGGACUCCUCAUGCUGUCUCACUUGCCACACUUGGGGAUGUGGCAGGAAGAAUUUGGCUCACACUGGACUGAAUCCCUCCCUGCUGUAAUGCCCAGGGGGCAAACUCAAGUGGACCAUUGAGAUGAUGAGGUGGCCAACUCUUUGUGUCGCAGGAUGCAGAAAGAGCAAAGAGGGCAAGUGGGUAGAGAAGAAGAAGAAGAAGAGGAGGAGGAGGAGUUUGGAUUUGAUAUCCCGCUUUAUCACUACCCGAAGGAGUCUCAACGCGGCUAACAAUCUCCUUUCCCAUCCUCCCCCACAACAAACACUCUGUGAGGUCAGUGGGGCUGAGAGACUUCAAAGAAGUGUGACUAGCCCAAGGUCACCCAGCAGCUGCAUGUGGAGGAGCGGAGAAGCGAACUCGGUUCACCAGAUUACAAGUCUACCGCUCUUAACCACUACACCACACCGGUGACUGUCUUCACUCUCUUCCAAGGCAGCACAACAGGCCAGUUCCUCCCCACUGUGGUGGCAUGGUGAGCAAAAGGAGGAGAUAGGAUAAGUCUUCAGUUGCUUGCACACUUCCCCUCCUAGACAGUAGCAGAGCUUAGAGGACAAGGCACUACAGGGGUGGGUGGCACAGCAGAGCCCACCUGGGGAGUGAGCACCCACCCUCCACUCCUUCACAGCUCCUGCCAGAGGAUAGGGGAAACAGGAGAAAACCAGGACUUUAAUUGUAUGUGUGGAUACAAUUGGAUACAACUUCAACCUUCAGGAAAGGAUUCUUUGGUUAAUGGAAAACAGAAAGAUGGGUUAACACCACUGGGACAUGGAAAAUUAAUAUAGAGAUUUAAUAGCCACCCAGAGUGGCUGGGGAAACCCAGCAAGAUGGGCGGGGUAUAAAUAAUAAAAUUAUUAUUACUAUUCAUAUUAUUAUUAUUGGGCCAGAAUCAUGCUCAAGCCUUCAGUCCUAUGUACAUUUACUUGGAGCAAAUUAUUAUCAACUCUGUAGAGCCUACAUUGCAGAAAGCAUGCACAAUGUAGGCUUAAAUUUAAAAACAGCAAUUGGUAAUACAUUUUUAAAUAGAGUGGGGAUGAGGCUAAGUCCUGUCAGAAAGGCCUGCCAGAUCAUAAACAUUUUUUAAAAAAAUAUUUAGUUUUUUUCAGAUUUUGAAAUUUACAAACAAUUAUCAAACAACCAACAUAGAAAGGGAAUUCUGAAGAGUCUCCCUCCUCCUCUUUGUGGGUCCUUAUAUUAACCUUUUCCUCCUUCAUCUUGUCUAUUAAUCCAAAUCUAUUAAAUCUCCAUUAUAACUAAAAGUUAAUAUUCUUUUGGUCUUUUUUUGCCAUUUUGGCAUAGUCCAUCAACUUAAUCUGCCAUUCUUCUCUGGUAGGGACUCUGUCUUCUUUCCAUCUCUGGGCUAGUAACAUCUCUGGCCUAGCCAGAUCAUAAACAUUUUGGGAACUGAGUGCUAUUGAUUUUGAUUGGACCUAAUAAGUGUGCAUUAUAUUCAUGAAACAUAUUAGUAGGAAGUAAUUCUCACUUAUGAGAUGCCGGUGGCGCUGUGGUCUAAACCACUGAGCAUCUUGGGCUUGCUGAUCAGAAGGUUGGCAGUUUGAAUCCCCACGACGGGGUGAGCUCCCAUUGCUCAGUCCCAGCUCCUGCCAACCUAGCAGUUCAAAAGCACACCAAAAAUGCAAGUAGAUAAAUAGGUACCGCUCUGGUGGGAAGGUAAACGGCGUUUCCAUGCGCUGCUCUGGUUUCUCCAGAAGCGGCUUAUGGUAGUUAUGCUGGUGACAUGACCCGGAAAAACUGUCUGCGGACGAACGCCGGCUACCUUGGCCUGUAAAGCGAGAUGAGCGCUGCAACCCCAGAGUUACUUACAGUAACUGUCAGGGGUCCUUUACCUUUACCUUUAAUUCUCACUGAAUUCAAUGCAACUUUCUCCUGGAGUCCCAAGCUAAGUGUGAUAAGAAUUGCACUAUCACCGUUUCAUCCCAUGCAUAUUGCCUAGAUGUUAACCACCACCAACUUAAUAAAGACAACAACUGUGCAUUGGACUUCAGCCUGAAAGUAUGCAUAUAUACUUGGAUGCAAUUUCCAUUGAGCAGACAUGGCAUCAGGGCAGGCACCAUUUGUAAGUUGAUGAGGGUCCAUUCCAUCAGACAGAGCCAUCUCUGACCCUGCUGCCAGCCCAAAAUACAAGUUACUGCCAGGUGGGUGCAGUUGUCCUCUUAGCCAUGGUGCCUAGGUGGUUAUGGCUGGCACCCCACAGCUAUUAUUGUGGGAGUGGGACACAGUUUUUAUUGAUGUUUCGCAACUUUAACCUGUUGCAGGAUCUUAGCCAGAUCCAGUUGAAUAUAGCAGAGCAUAUGCAGACUUCCAGAAGCAAUCAGUUGCAGGCAGGUAGAAUGACGCAGGAACAAGAUGCUGCUACCAGUAACUUGGUUACUUAG